GACUCCGACUCUGCACAGACACAACACCGCCACAAUGAUCAACGCGGUGCUGGUCUUCAAUAACAACGGGCAACCGCGAUUGACGAAGUUCUACACCCAACUUGAUACAGCAGUCCAGCAGCGCUUGAUCUCCGAGAUCUUCACCCUCGUCUCCGCGCGUCCAAACAGCGCGUGUAAUUUCCUCCCUCUACCACCGCUCCUCGCGCCCGCCUCCGCCUCUUCCUCUUCCGCCAACCCCACGGAGCACAAUGACGCUCCAUCGCUCGUGACCUACCGCCACUACGCGACACUCUACUUCAUCCUCAUAUCCACGAACACCGAGUCUCCGCUAGCAUUGCUCGAUUUGAUCCAGGUCUUUGUGGAAGCGCUAGAUCGACUGUUCGAGAAUGUCUGCGAAUUGGAUCUCAUUUUCAACUUCGAGACGCUACAUGCUGUACUGGGGGAGAUGAUAGUUGGUGGUGUGGUGGUGGAGACGGGGCUGGACAGAGUUGUAGAAGGGGUCAGGAGUCAGGGACGUGUUGCGAAGAGACCGGUGAAUGAGAGAUCAGCAGGAGUUACAGCUGGUAUGUGGGUUGGGAGAUGAGACAACACGUCACGAAGAACUUCUGCUUGGACCAAAGAAUGAUUGGGAAUCGGACUGGGCGGGGGUAAAACGCAUAUUUUCACGCUCAGCCGCCACGGUUUACGGCGAAACCGUCGUUGGAUUCAGCACCGAAACGACUGCUACGACAUCUCACGAACAAUGGCCCCACAGUCGUGCCGACACCUUGACGUCGCACUCUGCCACGAU